UCAAAGAAAUAGAACAAGUACUCUGUUUUACCCUUUUUAUCUCCUUGAUCUAGUAGUCUUUGUACCACCACUACCCUAACCUUUUCUCAUCUAUUAACACUCCAAAAUCUUUCUAGUUAGAGAUUCAUUCCAUAGAGUAGCAUUCAUAACCCUUUCCUUUUGAAGUUAACACAUUGAUUCUGUUAAAGCUUCUUCUUUUUUGUAUUAGCCAUCUGGUUUUCGGGGAUUCUUUUAAAGUUUUUUUUAUUGGUAUUAACCCUCUAGUUCUCUGGGGAUUCUGUUAAAGCUUUGACUCUUGUUUUUAUUGUCUCAUGGAAUCAUUUCACACUCUUAUGUUGAUGACAUUUUCAUUGAUGUCAUUGAAAUUUCAUGAAUCUUAUGCUCAAAGUAUCAUCAAAUCAGAUCAUGUUCUUGAUCUCCUCAUAAGAGAUCACACAUUCAAGUCAUUAGACAAAAACUUCAAGACAGGAAUACCACAAUCAGUUGAACUACCUUCAAAUUUAUCAGGCAUCAAAGUAGAUACUGUGAGGUUUAGAUGUGGAAGUUUAACAAGGUAUGGUGCAAAAUUAAAAGAGUUUCAUAUUGGAAUUGGUGUUACUAUUCAUCCAUGUAUUGAAAGAGUAAUGUUGAUAAGACAAAGUAUAGAGUAUAAUAAUUGGUCUUCUAUAUAUUAUGCUAAUUAUAAUGAUUUAUCUAAGUAUCAACUUGUUUCACCAAUUGUUGGAAUUUUAGCUUAUAAUGCUGAUGAAGAUUCAAAUUCUAGUAGUAACCCUUUUCAACUUGGAAUUGAAGCUGGUGAAAAACUCAUCACAAUUGAUUUCAACAAUGCUUCAAAUUUCAACAACAAAGAAGAAAAUGGUAUUAAAGUGAAACCAUUAUGUGCAAGUUUUGAAGGAAAUGGAAUAAUGACACUUGCAAAAACAAAACCUUUAGCAACAUUUGUUUGUGUUGCAAAAAGACAUGGACAUUUUGGUUUGGUUGUUGAGUCUUUACAACAAGAAGAUGAUGAGUAUAGAAAGCCUAUAAGAUUAAGUCAAUGGAAAGUUGCAGUUGGAAGUACUAUAGGUGGUGCUUUAGGUGCUUUUCUUAUAGGUUUGCUUCUUAUAGCAAUGCUUGUUAGGGUUAAGAAAAGGUCAAGAAUGGUUGAGAUGGAAAGAAGGGCUUAUGAAGAAGAAGCACUUCAGGUCUCAAUGGUUGGACAUGUUAGGGCUCCUACUGCACCUGGUACUAGAACAACACCAACACUUGAGCAACAUGACUAUAUAACUCGACAUCCUCAUUGAUAAGAUUUCCUGCAGGUUUGGAUUGGCGGUGAAUUUGGCAGAAUUAUUUUGUGUUACCACGACUUGACAGAAUUACGUACGAUGCCACUGUAAUUCCAAACAUGCACUUCAUUGUGUUGUUGAUUAAUCAAUUUUGUAACAUUAAAUGUCACUUUUAACUAAAUUUAUCAUAGGCUAGAUCUUAUAUUGUUAGUUCAUAUUAAGAAUUUUUAUACUUUUUCUUGUAUUCUAAUUUCUAAAUAGAAGGAAUCACACAUUUGAUCCAAUUUUGUGAUUUGGACAAUCGAAUCAAAAUUGGAAUAUUCAUGUUCUAUUUG